AUGAAAAAGCCUUAUAGUAGACCGCAGACAUCCCAGGGUCCCUCUUACUACCAGUGUGGUGGACCCCAUCUGAAGAGGAACUAUCCUCAGUUGGCAAGCAGAGUAGGAGGGUCAGGCGACCAUCGCAAAUGCUUUAUAUGCGAUAAACCGGGACACUUCGCCAACAACUGCUAUGAAAAGAAGAGUCUUGGCACGAAGAAACCAGCAGCAUCGCCAGCAGAGCGAGCUAGGGCAGCGGGCAGAGUCUUUGCCCUGACCACCACUGAGGCUACACAGUUGGGUAAUCUUAUCCUUGAACCUUGUGUGUUGUUUGGUAACGUAGUACUGGUGUUGUUUGAUUCCGGGGCAACCCACUCUUUUAUUUCUAAUGUGUGCAUGGGGAGAUUGAAAUUGGUGACACAUGAUUUGGAUGUGAGUUGCUUGUUUCAACUCCCUCCUCAGGUCAAGUGGCUACCAGUUCAAUCUGCGUUGGGUGUUCUAUGGAAGUGGCAGGUCGCCGAUUCAAGGUGA